ACUAGUACCGUACUUGAUCUGCAGAUGAAUAACGCUUGAAAAAGUUGAAACUGUCAUUAAUUUUGAAGAUUCGUUCUACUUAUUUGGUGACAGAACUCGUACUCAAAAUUUAUAAUACGUAUAUUGAUCUUAGUUUACGGCUAACCUAGUAUUCAUAAAAUAAUAAAAUUUUUGCAAUUUCGCAAACUUUAAUGGACGAUGGCUCAGUCUUCGGAAAAGGAUUUUCAAUCAUUCUCUAAACUCAGACGGAUGGUGCAGGAGACAAACAGCCCUGAGCUAAAACAACUUGAAUCUCAGCUUCUUCAAAGCUACAGUAAUAAGCUCAACAAAGAAGCUUCCGAUGACAAGAAGAGAGAAAAAAAAUUGGAAGUGGCUGCUGAGAAGAGCUUCAAUGAGUUGUUUGGAAAGGCCUGUUCGUUGGACAAAGAAUAUGAAAUGAUGACCCAGAAGAGAUCACAUGAACAGGCUAUUGCCUUGGCUUUAUAUCAAAGGGAACAAGCUGCUUGCCAAAUAAUCAGACAGUCUGAGCAAGAAUGUGGAGAGAUCAUCACUGACUUGGCUCUUGCUAAGGACCAUAAGGAGGAAAUUAGGAAGGAAAAGCUACUCAUGGAGGAAAAGCGGAACAGAGAAGCCCAAGACAAAUAUGAAAGUUGCUUGAAAGUCCAGCAGCAGCGGACUGCAAAUGCUCAGAUGGAGAGAAUAUUUGAGCUGCGUGAGAGAAGCGCUGCUGGUGCUGCAGCAGCUGCUCAGACACUGCGGGAGGAAGUUCUGCAGGAAGAGCAGCACUUGCGCCAGCUGCUACACAGCCAGUGUGCUGUUAGACUUGCCAGAUCUGUGCAGCAGCAUCGUGACCUUGCACAGGAGGUUCGGGAUUUAAGAAUUGAAGUGGACGCCGCGGAAAGGUUGCUGCUGCAGGAACGACAGCUGGAGCUGCAAGAACAAGCACAGCGAGAGCGUGAAGCACAAGUGCAGCAAAUUCGUCAGCAGCAAGUCAGGGAAAAAGCAGAGUCCACUAGGCGAGAGGAGCUGCAGGACCAAGAGUACCUCAGAAUUCUGACUGAAGUUCAGCAGCUGGAGUGCGACCUGGACCAGCUGACUGCAGCAGCACGCAGACGACGACAGGCGCUGCGUGAGGCUGAGACACGCAGACUGCUACACGCACGUUGUUUGCUACGCCGCAGACAGCACCUGCAUCUCCUGCAGCAGGACGGGCUCCUGCAGGAGUACCACGACCUAAGAUCAGCCACCGCAGCUGAAGAGGAGCGUCAAAUAUUGCUGGAGUUCGCACCUCAUCUCCUGCCCCAUCUGACCCCACAACUCCAAGGCAGACUGGCAUCGCUACAUACUUUAUAAUGAAUACAAUUCAAAAUAAAUACCGACCACAAAGCACAUUAAAUACUGGCCACACUGCACACUAAUACUGACCCCGCUGCAUACUGAAUACUGACUACACUGCACUUCCUUGUCGUUUUAACACUGCACUCUGUCUAAAACAGCUGUUCUACUGUCACCCGGCGGUUCCGUCGUUUUUCUGACAGCUGUCACUAAAUUUAAGUCAUGCUACGCAAACUUAACUUUUGCACUGAUGGCACACAUACGUAUGUCUGACACCCUUAACGUAAUUGGCAGCAAUGUAACCUCAUCCUACUUGAGCUGGUGUCACUAUCACCACAUAAAAACAUCCUGGCGCAACUGCAGCACUUCUAUUUAUGCUAUAAGGGAGAGGAGUCAACACGUGAUGGGCGUUGAGACCACGGCCGUGGUGCGCAGGUUCUCGGACGUCUCGACGCCUUCGGUAGGUCGCGUCGGCCGGUAACUCAGGGUAACCGCAUGCCAGGGCGCGCAUCAACUCAACCUGACGAUGGAAAUUUUAGAUCUUGCCCGGACCUUUUGCUGGAGUUGCUCCAGCAUCCUGUCCUGCCCCAGCACGUGUCUGGCGAUCUCCGUGAUUUGCUCCUGAGUGGCCAGCGUGCCAGGCUCCACAGCUGCGUCUCCUGAUCGCUUGCGGCCACAUCCUUCACAUAAACAAAUGUUAACUUACGGACAUUAUUGUACUCAAAAAUAUUCUUCAAUUAAAUAAUUGUGUGUAUUUUUUAAGGCACUCUCAAGUGUAAGCAUUCACUUACAAUUAUGAUUGUGGUGUGCAGUCAAGUCGCCGUCUCCUAACGAAUGUGAGAAGGAGACAUUCUCCUGACAUAGUAUCCUAUAAUGGACACAAUAGACACGGCGUCCUAUACCUAUACAUUGUGUCCUAUAAUUACAGUGGCUGGAUAGCCUCCAAGUACUUCAUUUCAGUGCCACAUUCAUUGUUCUGAAACCAUAAAAUACUUAGAAUCUCUUCUUGAGUAUAUCCGAAUUAUAGCUGCAACAUAGAAUCACUUGAAUUAGUAAGUCAACUAUUAGUCCGUCUGAAAUUACGUUGGAAAAUCGCGGUUUUCACUCGAUAAUUGUAAUAGUUGUAUAUCUAUGCAGAAUCGACGCGAUGAAAAAAAUGAAAGCCAGUGUGGCCCUCUUCUCCAUUGUCCAUGAAUGCAACUAUCAAUGCUAGAGAAUUAUUGUCUCACCGGUGAAUGCGUUGCAAAAAGGCCUCUUACUCUUCAGCUCGAGGUCUUCAUCCAGGCUCUGGAAAAUAUUUCCGAUGUUAAGUCCGGUGAAAGAUUAUUUUAGAUUAAGUUUAAACCUGAACUUGCAAGGCGUAUUUAGUAACUUACAAUGUAUUGCUGGGUGUCGAGCACCUAUGUCUUGCAGAGUCUCGGGAAAUAAAAUUUCUUUCGAUUCCAUGUUACCUCUUUUAGCGGGAUUUGUGAAAGCAGUCAGAGUUGAGUAUUUUUUAAAUUUUUUGGGGAGUUAAUCAAUUGGGUUGGAGGACUUGAAUUCAGACAUGGUAAAGAAUACUUGUUGAACACUGGACUCAACAUGAAUAACUAACAUGACAAAAUUUUUUAAUCUACUGCAGUGAUAACAAUGGGGUUAGGGAGUUGAAUUCAGGCAUGGUAAUGUGUACCUAAUUGAACACUGGUGACUCAACAUGAAAAACAAUAAAAAUGACAAAUUCCGAACUUCAAAUGUAGGUUAUAACCGAUUCCGCUGUUGACGGAAUAAACUCAGCAAUUGGAAAGUAGAUCAAAAGAAUUCGCUCCUGCGUCUAACAUUAAAAAUUUGCAAGCUACUGCAGCUCAUAAGCGAUUGCGACACCAGUUGGGCUAGACGCCAAAUGUUAGUUGCACGACUGGAAAUUGUGUUUCCACUUCCUCUCAUUGCUUCCUUUAGUUGACGGCUUUAACUUUUUAGCGCAUUUUCUCAUUUAUGGAAAAAAUGCGCUAUU